AUUUUGGACCGCGUCGGAUAUUGCUCUGCACGCACUGGGCUCCUGCGCGCUCCUCGUUGCCUCCCAGUCUGCGCCCAAGGGCCUUUGUCUCUUUGCAUCUGUCUCCCUUUCUUUCACCGUUGCACCGUGUCGUCGCUCUCUUUCAGCCACCACAGCUGGCCAAAGCAAGCCGCCCGCGCAGUGCCUCUUGUUUCAUGUCUGCAGCCCCAAAGCCAUCACCCGCAUAACUACCGCUGCUUCCCCCAAUUCUCGACCCGCGCCUAGCCAUUCUCUCCUUCUCGCAUUCCCGCAGCCAUGGUCGACGUUCAAGUUCCGGCCCAGCUCCAGCAAUGGACCUUUGAGAAAGCCGCCGCCCGUCCAGAUCGUUCCGACAGUGCUGCAACUUCCCCGGACCUGUACGACACUGAAGCUGUGAGAAUACCGCCUACCGCUGCUGCCCAAAGCCCCGACGAAUCGGAUCGACCCGAGAGCUUCUACCAGGACCGCUACUUGUCGUCAGAAGAGGACCUCUCGCCCAUGGAAGACUCUUAUGAUGAAGAUGAUGAUGUUGCAAUUGAGGGUGGUGACUAUGUGUCGGCAAAGACAGUAGCAAUGCCUGGCUCCCACAAGGCCAAGGCCUGCGACAUGGCCGUUGUGGUGUCGUAUGUGUCUGCAGGUCGUCCGAAGAUUGUUAACAUGACGACCCUUUCUCCACCUGUGAGGCAGCGUUCGGGCCGUUCGGCCUCCCUUGUCGACCUAUCAGCCGUAUUCAAGGCAAAUCUAGCGGACCAAACACCACGAUUCUCGCUUUCAGCUGGCACGCCGAGUAAAACCCUCUACAACCCUGCUGCUGGACCACCGCCGAGGAAAAGCUUCACACCCGAGCUGAGCGCCCUCCGCAUAUCGACCUCGCCCCCAUCUCCCCGUAGCAGCAUGCCCUCUUCUGUUGGUAGUCUACAUCGGCCCAAAACUGCCCGAGCCACCUCGUCACAAUUCUCGCAAGCCUCUCGCGGCUCAGUCCAAAUCCCCACUACGCUCGCCUCUCAUCCUUCUAUAUCAUCUCCUUCAACCACUUCCCCAUACACACCACAAACGCCCUCAUUCCUGAACUCGGACCCAUUCGCUACAGACUCGACCUGUGCAGCGUCUCCCAUCAUCAAGAACGCUCCCCACAAGCGUCUUCGAUCCCUUUCACGCGGACUUUCGCUCGCAAAGCAUGCCGUACUCCCCACGUAUAAAAAGGCCGAGCCUAGAGACCGCGUGCGUGUGAGUGGCGGGUGGGGCAUUAUAGGAGAGAGCCCGGUCACACCUAGGACACCAAUAACACCCAUGACGCCCGUCUCCGCAGGUCCCAAGGCCCCAAUUGUCAGCCCGAAGAAAGGCAUGAAGCUAGUAGCCCGAGGCGCUAACGAGCGUGAGCCCGUGUUCGAACUGCCGCCAUCAACGCGGGAGCUAGAGGUUGAGGAAGAACGGGAAAGGGCGCGAGAAGAGCGAGUGAGGCAAUUGAAGAUGAAGCUAGUACCGAGGGGAGCGAAUGAGCGGGCGCCACCACUUGCACUACCGCCAUGCCCAGAUAGCGACAGGGAAUCCAUCAGCUCAGCCAGCGACAAGAUGCCCGCAAGGCGGCUUAAGAAGAGGAGGAGCUUGAUGGAUUUUGAGAAAUUGACACAUUUGAAGUAGGGUGGACAUUCUUCCAUCGUGGUGCAUAUACAGCAUGGUUUGGAGUUUGCGGCGUUUGGUGCGGUAGAUACCCUUGGGGUUAAUGUUGUUCUUCUUAGCAUGGAAUUCUAUUCUUCCAGCAUUUUUCUACCUUCACACUUGAACGUUUGUAUAUACAACGUCUUGACGACUAUUUCAAAAGACAGAUGGGAAAAGACGAGACGACGGAGCUGUUCAAAAUUUACGGCCAUAGAUAGACAUCAAGAAUCCUAUCAUUAUUAGCUAUUCUAUGCG